AUGGUAUCCGUCACAAUGCAGCCCCAGAUCGAGCAACAAUUAGCAUAUUUGCUCCUGGUGGAGCUGCUAGCACAUCAAUUCGCUUCGCCGGUCCAAUGGAUUGCCACACAGGAUGUCCUUCUCAGGGACUUCAACGUCGAGCGAUUUAUUGAAAUUGGACCAGCAGAUACCCUCACUGGAAUGCUCAAGAAGACGGUAUCACUGCAUUUCAAAUCCCAUGAUGCUGCGCGUCACAUGACACGGCGCUUUCUGUCGUAUGCGCAAAAUGCCCAAGAAAUCCACUACCUUCUUGCAUCGGCACCAGCGGGUGCAGCGGAAGGUCAGAAGAACGUCAGUUCAGCAACCAAAUCGAAGGCUACCGCUUCGCCGCCAACCACAGCGCAAGCGACUGUGGCUGUGACUCAACAGAGCAGUGCACCGGAGACAGCGGUGUCGGCCAGUACAUCGCUCCAAGUAACGAAUGUCGCCCCAAUCUCCGACGUUCCAACUCCAGCCAGGGAAAUUCUCUUGGCCAUUGUAGGCAGCAAGCUGCGAAAGUACCAUAAUGAAGUGCCUGCGCAGCAGAGUAUCAAGGCUCUCGCUAGUGGUCGAUCAACAAUGGAGAAUGAGAUCGUAGGAGAUCUCGACGCAGAAUUUGGAAGUCUCCCCGAAAAGCCAGAAGAUAUUUCCCUCGAGCAACUCGCUGAUGUCCACCGGUCUGGUCUCAAAAUUCUUUGCACAAAAGCUCCCGGCGGGAUUCGCCAGUGGAGACGUUCGCGAUUACCUGCAGACUCUCGAUGGGGUCUCGGCGAGGGCCGCCAAAACGCGGUCCUUCUUCGAGCGAGCACAACACAAAGCGCUUCAAGACUAGGGAGUACCAAGGAAGCAGAGUCAUUCUUUGAUAAUGUUGUUCAAGAAUAUGCAAAGGACAGCGGAAUUGAUGUAUCAACUCCUGCUCAAGGAACAAAAACCGCAGUGGCUGUUGCAGCCCCGGUAGACAGCGCUGCUUUAGGAGCUGUCAUCAAAGACCAGGACAAACUGAAAGCAUCCCUGAUGGAAUUGUACGCGCGGCUCUUGGGCAAAAACUUGCGCCAAGACGCCCAAGAGGCACUCAAAGCUCAUUUGGCAACCGCUGAACUCCAAAACCAACUGGACGACAUCACCGCUGAGGUGGGCGACUUCUUCUUGGCUGGUAUUCGUCCUCUCUGGUCGGCCGCUAAGGUUCGACGUUUCCACUCAAGCUGGAACUGGGUUUUGCAAGAUGCCCUUGACCUCUAUCACAGAGUGUUGCGGGGUGAUUUCCCCGACGCCAACUUCGCAAAAUAUACCAAUGCCAUUGCAAACAGGUCCAGUCCUCGUCUGCUCCGCAUGAUGGAAUAUCUUGCGAAUAGUGAGUCGUCUAUCUGGGCCUCACGAGCUCCCGAGGCUAAAGCCGCCAUGAAUCGUCUGCUCAGUAGGUGCCAGACGACCCGGGAACCAAUAUUUGAGCCUCUGGCCGCCAACUUCGACGCUUUCAUCAAGGGUCCUAGCACAGAGGUAGACGAGGAUGGGAAUAUCAAGUACUUGGAGAUUCCCCGUGGUGACACACCUCUUAUCGCCCCAAUCACGAUCGCCACUCGCAUUCAGUCAUCUUGGAAAAUCGACCAGCGGUUAACGACAAUGUACCGCGACCAAGUGCAAUCGUCGUGGACUGAAGGAGUCACAUUUCGUAACAAGUACGUUUUGAUGACAGGUGUGAGUCCUGGAUCGAUCAAUGCCGAGGUUCUCAAAGGGCUUCUGAGUGGAGGUGCGAAAGUGGUGGUCACCACUAGCAGCUACUCCUCGGCCACUUCUCGCUUUUAUCAAAACGUAUAUGUCGAGUGUGGCGCACGGGGUUCUGAGCUUAUUGUUGCUCCAUUCAAUCAGGGCAGCCAGCAAGAUUUAGAUGGUCUCGUGGAGUUCAUCUUCUCAGAUACUGGUCUUGGCUGGGACUUGGACCAUGUGAUUCCUUUUGCCGCCAUUUCAGAGGCAGGCCGUGAGAUCGAUGGUAUUGAUUCCCGCUCAGAGCUCGCUCAUCGAAUCAUGCUCACCAAUACAUUGCGUCUGCUGGGUGCAAUCAAGAAGAAGAAGCAGGCGCGUGGAUAUCGCACACGCCCCACUCAAGUGAUUCUCCCUCUGUCUCCCAAUCAUGGUGCCUUCGGUAAUGACGGCCUGUACGGCGAGUCAAAGAUUGCCCUCGAAACUUUGUUUGAAAAGUGGCAUUCUGAGAGUUGGUCUGCGUACCUGUCCAUUUGUGGUGCGGUCAUUGGGUGGACUCGAGGUACUGGUCUCAUGGCGGACAACAACGUCGUUGCUGCAGGCAUUGAGCGCCACGGUGUGCAAACCUUCUCAACAACUGAGAUGGCCGCGUAUAUCCUCGUUCUACUUACCCGAAAAUUCGCCAGCCAAUGCAACAUUCAGCCUCUUUACGCCGAUCUUACCGGAGGAUUGAACACUAUGGAGAACCUCAAGGCAACUUUGGACCAAAUUCGCCGAGCCAUACAUGAUCAAAGCACCCUCAGACGAAACUUGGCAAAAGAAAGAGAGGCGGAGGAGAAACUCAUGGCACUCCGCCAGCCAGUCGCGGAAGAAACGUCAGCUCAGCCUCCCCUCGCAAACAUUCCGUUCACAUUUCCGAAGCUUCCAAAUGAAAAGACUGAAAUCGAACCGCUUCGGGAAAGACUUCUCGGGAUGGCGAAUCUCGAUCGUGUUGUUGUCGUCACUGGUUUCUCAGAAGUUGGGCCAUUUGGAAAUGCUCGCACCCGAUGGCAAAUGGAAUCUACAGGUCGUCUCUCGCUGGAAGGAUGCGUUGAAAUGGCGUGGAUGAUGGGACUCAUCAAACAUCACAACGGCAUACUGGAUGGCAAGCAUUACACUGGAUGGGUUGAUGCUAAGACGCAAAAACCCGUGCAAGAUCUCGAUGUCAAAGCUCGUUAUGAAGAACACAUUCUUUCACACACGGGCAUCCGCUUAGUGGACACAAGCCUAGACUCCCAUGAGCCCGGCAAGCGACCUCUCUUACAAGAGAUUGUGCUAGAGGAAGAUUUACCGCCGUUCGAGGUCUCCCCGGAAGUCGCACAACAGCUUGUGCACGAGCACGGGGAGGCACGCGUUGACUUUUUGCCGCACGGUGAGCGAUGUGUGGUGAGUCUGAAAAAGGGUGCCGUUUUGAUGGUUCCCAAAGCCUUGAACUACAGCCAUGCUGUUGCAGGAUUAGUCCCAACCGGUUGGGAUGCACGCACGUAUGGCAUCCCCGACGACAUCGUGAGCCAAGUCGACCGAGGAACCCUUUUCACCCUGGUCAGCACAGUCGAGGCGCUCAUCGCAUCCGGUAUUACCGACCCGUACGAAUUGUAUCAGUAUAUCCAUGUUUCUGAAUUUGGAAAUUGCAUCGGCUCCGGUGUCGGCGGAAUGCAGUCUUUAAAGAAGAUGUUCCAAGAUCGAUAUCUCGAUAAAGAGGUUCAGAAAGAUAUUCUCCAGGAAACCUUCAUCAACACUACCGCAGCCUGGGUCAACAUGCUUUUACUGUCUUCCUCGGGACCCAUUCGGACAGCAGUUGGUGCAUGUGCGACCUCUGUCGAAUCCCUGGAGACAGGGUACGAGACCAUUGCCACUGGCCGGGCCAAGAUAUGUCUGGUGGGAGGGUAUGACGAUAUGACCCAGACCAUCGCGGAAGAAUUUGCCAACAUGAAGGCCACUACCGAUGCGGCUGGAGAAGCAAAGAAAGGCCGACUUCCUCACGAAAUGUCUCGUCCUUCUGCGGAGAGCCGCAGUGGCUUUGUCGAAGCUCAGGGAAGCGGCAUUCAGGUUAUCACCUCCGCCCAGUUGGCACUGAGCCUCGGUUUGCCAAUCCAGGGCAUCAUCGCUUGGGUAGGCACCGCCAGCGACAAGAUCGGUCGGUCUGUGCCAGCUCCAGGACAAGGAAUCCUCACCAAUGCCCGCGAGCAACCCGCCAGCCGAUUCCCAUCGCCGCUUCUCGAUUUGCAAUACCGCAAACGUCGCCUCGCAGCUCGCUUUGUGCAAAUUCAAGAGUCGAUCGACCUGGAAAUUGAGAGCAUGAGCGCACAGCUUAGCAACGGGGAAGGCGUCAUUCCCAAUGCUCACAUGGAAGAGUACGAGCAUCAUUUGAAUUUCGUACGGCAAGAAGCCGAACGCCAACGCAAGGAAGCCUUGGACAUGUUCGGCAAUGAUUUCUGGAAGAACCAAAGUUCAAUUUCGCCAAUCCGCGGCGCGCUCGCGGUCUUCGGACUAACUAUUGAUGAUCUUGACUUCGUCACUAUGCAUGGUACUAGCACCGUGAUGAAUGAUAAGAACGAACCAGCCGUCCUUGAAUCACAGAUGAAACAUCUCGGCCGCACGCCAGGCAAUCCGUUUUUUGCCAUUUCGCAAAAGUAUCUAACUGGACACCCCAAGGGCGCUGCGGGAGCAUGGAUGCUCAACGGUGGUCUGCAGGUGCUAGACAGUGGAUUGAUUCCUGGGAACCGGAACCUCGAUAGUGUGGACGAUCGUCUCGAGAGGAAUGAGUACAUCGUCUAUCCCAACCACAGCAUUCAGACGGGUGGUCUCAAAGCCUUCUCACUCACUUCCUUCGGCUUUGGUCAGAAGGGCGCUCAGGCAAUUGUGGUGCAUCCGCGGUAUCUGUAUGCAAUGUUGGAAGCGAAGGAGUACGAAGAAUACCGUGCGAAGCGCUUGACGCGUUAUCGGAAGGCGUUCCGCUUUUUCCACCACGGUCUCGUGACCAACACGAUGUUUGUCCCGAAGACCGACGCGCCAUAUUCACCCGCACAACAGAACGCAAUUUUGUUGAAUCCAACAGCUCGAGCGACAGCGUCCUCGGGCUCGAUGCCUCGGUAUUCAUUCAAGUCAUGA